CUCUCCCCUCCUCACAACUUCCCCCGCAGCAAAAACAUGGCUCAAACGGCGGUGCGCUUCGGCAUCCUUGGCUGCGCCAACAUAGCGCGCCAGCUUUCCCGGGCCAUCGCGCUGUCGCCCGACGCCGCCCUCUGCGCCGUUGCCAGCCGCUCGAUCGAGAAGGCCCGGACGUUUGCUGCCGACAACGGCCUCCCCUCGGCGGUCAAGAUCUAUGGCGAGUACGGGGCGGUCCUCGACGACCCCGACGUCGACGCUGUCUACAUCCCCCUGCCGACCACCCUGCACUUGAAGUGGGCGGUGGCGGCCGCCGAGAAGAAGAAGCACGUGCUUUUGGAGAAGCCGGCCGCACUGGACGUGGCGGGGCUCGACCGGAUCCUCGAGGUCUGCGAGUCGAACGGCGUGCAGUUCAUGGACGGGACGAUGUGGGUGCACCACCCGCGGACGGAGCGGAUGAAGGAGGCGCUCAGGGACGAGAUGAGUUUCGGUCAACUCAAGAUGAUACACAGUGUGCUCGCCUACAAUGCCGGUCCAGACUUUCUAAAGAAUGACAUUAGGGUCAAACCGGACUUGGAUGCUCUCGGAGCCCUAGGAGACAUCGGAUGGUAUUGCAUCAGGUCAAUCCUCUGGGCAGUUGACUAUGAGCUCCCCAAAACGGUGGUGGCCAUGCACAAGCCCGUCUACAACGAUUCAGGAGUGAUUCUCUCCACAGGAGCUUCACUAUCCUGGGAAGAUGGUAAAGUUGCAACUUUCUAUUGCUCCUUCUUGUCUCACAUGACGUUCGACCUCACCGUCCUCGGGACCAAAGGUGCGCUCAGGGUCAACGACCUCGUCAGCCCCUUCCAAGAAAGUUACGGGUCUUUCAGCUCGAUUUCCGAGUCUGAUUUUGCCCAGCUGGAGCCGGGGCGGUGGGCACCCAUGCCGAGGGAGCACCGUGUCGGAUCAGAGGUUCCUCAGGAGGUCCUUAUGGUGAACGAAUUCGCAAAGUCGGUCGGGAAGAUCAAAGGGGAGGGCUUGAAGCCGGAUAGGAAGUGGGCAAACAUGAGUAGAAAGACUCAGCUGGUGAUGGACGCAGUGAAGGCCUCCAUGGAGAAGGGUUUCCAGGCCGUCGAGCUAGUUGAAUGAGCCUGAGAUUUCUCCGUCACCACUGCUCGCGCGGGGACAAAGAGUACCGUUGACCUCGGGAGCUAGCGACCGUUGAAUCGAAGUGCGGCGCCAUUGAACCCUGAAGCUCGGACGGCUCCUGAUGAUCGCCCGGUUCAGAUUAACAUGUGUAAUUAGCAUACUGUUAAGUAUGGCUUUCAUGUUAUUUACUAUUUUGAUUUUGGGGUGUUUUCUUUGUAGGUCAAUGUUUGCUAAAAAAAUGCUAGCCAAUGAUAAUUGAAUCGAUCGUGCAAUCAAAGUCAACGAGAAA